AUGGCACAGAACGGAAGCACUGGCGCGGGGAGCAGCAGCGGCGUUGCUCGCCCUGCUCGAGGUGAAGACGAGCCCCUUGACACGAGCGAGUACGAGAGGAUCCACGCCAGCGGUAGGCACAUCGGCGCUCUCGACGACUCGAGAAUCCAAGACAACGCAGCGCGGGCAGGUCGUCGUCCCGCAAGCACCCCUCCCACUCCCAACGAUGGUGGAUCUGCUGCUGGCAGUGUGGAUGGUGGCAUGACCGCCCCGGGAGACCAACAGGGUGGUGAGAGUCCGGCCACGCAGACCCCGAUCCCGCCAGUUCCACCGGCCGGUACCCCAAUCGCCCAGCCAGUCCCUCAGGUGCCAGCGGUCCCUGUUGGUAACCCAACCCAACAGGCCGCCCCAGCCACCCAGACCACUGGCGACCCUUUUGGGCCACCUACCGCUGCCGCCGCCGCCAUGGAAGGAUCUCGUGCUGCUGCAGAUCACAUUGUUGCUGCUGCUGGGCUUGUCCCUCUCCCUGGCACCCCAAGCUUCACCAUUGACAUUGUUCGGCAAUACCUACAUGUCAUCGACUUCUGGCACCUCGGCCACGGCUCCUGGACGCUGGGUCUCCCACCAACAGGUCCGGGACAGCCCAGUCGUAGACGGACAGGUGUGAAGGGACCGAGCCCGUACAGGGGCACCUCCCAGAAUGCCAAGACAUUGAACAUUCAUUCAAUGACGCUAGCGAAACCUAAAUUCGACGGGAGACAGGGGUGCACGAAGCGCUCUGUUCGCGGGCAGCUUUCUUCCUACCGCCAAAUUUUCGCAAACCAUCUGCCUGCAACACCGAUAAUGGCGCAGAACAAUAACACUGGCGCGGGAAACGGCGGUGCCAUGAUGCGCUCUACUCGAGGUGACGAGAGUACCGCCACGCGCAUCAACACGGCCUACGCCGAAGACACUCUCGCGGCCGGCGGACAUGUUGGCACUCUUGAUGACUCGCAGGCCCAAGACGACGCAAUGGCAGCAGCUGUUCCACACGCAGACAGCGCUCCCGUUGCCAACAGCGAGGAGCCUGUUACUGGUAACAGUCAGACGGGCGUAGUCGAGGCCGAAGGUCAGGGAGAUGACCAGAGUAGCAAUGGAGAGGACGACGCGCCUACCGAAGCCACAGUCGCUGCCACUGCCCAGCCUGCUGCCGUGGCGCCUGCUACCACGACUCACGCUGUUGCUCCGGCGCCUGCUGCCCCAGGUGCUGCUACAGCUGUCCCUGCUGGCGGUCCAACUCCCGUACCACAGGGUGGGACCUACUACACCAAAGCAGAAGUCGAGCAGCACGAGCAUGCCCAUGACUUCCACCACAGAGGGAAGGGUAGUUGGGCAUACGGUUUGCCAGGGCCAAAUGCCGGUCCACAGACGGCCGUCCGCGGACCCAACGCACUAACCUGGAAGCGUGACCACGUGGGCCGAUAA